AUGCAGUGUGCCAACACAUUACUCCGAGCAGAAGUGGACGAUGAUGACGAAAGCUAUUUUCGCAUUCUGAUCAAUGGCUCAGUCAAGUAUGUCGCCAUCGCUCAGGACAUCUGGAGCACGCAAGAUAUGUGCUUCGGUCCAUCUCUAGCCUCUCUUCUCCCCGAUCUCCGCACAGGCGAUUGA